AUGGGUAUCUCACGCGAUUCUUGGCAUAAGCGUUACAAGACUGGUGCUACGCGCCCGAUUCCUCACAAAAAGAGGAAGUUCGAGCUCGGCCGCCCUGCCGCUAACACCAAGGUGCUCAUUUUUAUUUAAAAAUGGCGUUUCUAUUUUAUGUUGUAGUAAAAAAAGUAGUUUAUUUUAUAAGGUUUUCGAUGUUUCGUUUUCAGUCAAUUUAAAUUUUGAAUAUAUAUUUUUCCGAGUUACAAAUCCUUCAGAUUGGAUCUCACCGUGUCCAUUUGCUUCGCGUUCGAGGUGGAAAUUUCAAGUACCGUGCACUUCGUCUUGAUAAUGGAAACUUCUCGUGGGCUAGCGAGCGUACGUUAUUUUUUUUUUCUUUGCCUUUCAAUUAUUUUGGAGGAUUUUGAUGGUUUUAUGGUCAUUAUUUUUUUCACCCAUAAAAAUUUGUUGUUGUGCUGGAAAACAAAAUGAGUUUUUUGUAUCCUGUCUCUCUUUCUUUUUUUCAUCCGAUUAACUGUUCAAAAAUAGAGAAUUUAUUCGCGUUUUUUUCACAAUAUAUCUUUUCAGAGACUACUCGCAAGACCCGUAUUGUGGACACCGUCUACAACUCGACCAACAACGAGUUGGUGCGUACCAAGACGCUUGUUAAGGGAGCCAUCAUCACCAUCGAUGCUGCUCCUUUCAGACAGUGGUACGAGUCCCACUACGCUCUUCCUCUUGCCAGAAAGAAGGGCGCUAAGCUCUCCGAAGAGGAAGCCACCAACUUGAACAAAUCUCGGUUUGCAGAAUUUAUAUUUUUGUGUUUUGAAAGUUUAAUUCAGAUCGAGAAAGACGACGCUUAAGUACACCGAGCGACAAAAGACCGCUACCGUCGAUCCCAUGUUGAUUGAGCAGUUCCAAACCGGAAGACUUCUCGGUAUAUUAUUAUUAUUAUUAUUAUCAUUUUUCUUUUGGAGAGUUUCCGCUACCCAGUCAAAACUCGAGCUAGAUAAUAACUUUUGAUUGAAAGCUUUCCAAUUUUUGAAUGAGAGUUGACGGUCCGAAAUUUAUUAAACCUUAGCACUUUUUCAAAAGUGCUCUCGGCAACUUGAUAAUUCCAUUAUGAUGGCGUGUUCAUCGGAGAAACGGAAAAUGCUUCAAAAAAAAAAGAACACCGUGAUUAUCGGCACGCCAAACUUUUGUUUUAGAGCAAUUUUUGGCGUUUUGAACCAGUUGUCGUUUUGUCCGAUGAACACGACAUAAAAAAAUUCUAAUAGUAACCGGGAAAGCGCUUUUUGUCGCGAAAAUUUAGAAGGCACAAUAAUUUUUAUUUACUAAUUUUUAAAAAUUGUAUUUUUUAGCCCGUAUCUCGUCGAGCCCAGGACAAGUUGGACAAGCUAACGGAUACAUUUUGGAAGGCAAGGAACUCGACUUCUACCUCCGCAAGAUUCGCGCUAAGAAGGCCAAGUAA